AUGGCCGCCAUGAUAAUCGACGGCGACGACAUGGAUCGAAUAUCGGAGUUACCUGAAGCCAUGAAGCUAGAAAUCCUCUCACGGUUGCCGGAAAAAGAUGGAAUCGAGAUGAGCACUGUGUCUAAGACAUGGAAGUCACUACCAAUCUCUUACUUUUCUUUUACUCGUCGCACUCGUCAUAUCAACUCUAUUGACAAAUCAUUGGCAAUACUCCAUGAAGAUCAAAAAAGAAUAAUUCAUUACUUUAGGGUAUGGCGUAUUGUAGCAGAGUCUGAUCUUAUUCAUGUCGACCGCUGGCUAAACUUGAUCACCAAACACAUUAUCCGAGAGAUAGUGCUAGAUUUCUCGUUUCACUGCGAGUCUAAAAAGUACAGAUUUCCUCCUACUAGAUUUGAUGUUGGGUCCUUAAUGGUUUUGAAGUUAUAUGACUGUGUUUUGGAGGAAACCCUAAUUCAGAAGGACAACGGAUUUAAUCGGCUCAAAGAGCUCACGUUGUUUAACACUGAUUUUGAUGGAGUAGUCAUGGACCUCCUUUCUAGAUCCCCUAAUCUCGAGACAUUGAUACUCAAGCCAUCUCGUGGAAGUAUAAAUAAGUAUAUAUAUUGA